AUGAAUAAAAUUCGAAAAAAUAUUGACGAUGAAGCAAUUAUUCGUAUAAUUUUGCAUGAAAUUGAUUAUGAAAAAUUAGGUAGUGGUUUAUGGUUUGCUGCUGAAAGUCAAUUUGAUUUAGAACAUUUUGUUGCCAGUAUUAUUAAUAUUACUCGUAUGGAUAUAAUUCAUGAUGAGCUUAUGACAAAUGGUACUUUACCUGAAUGGCUUUUGAAAAAUAUUCAUCCGGAUAUAAAUAGUCAUAAAAUUCAACAAAUAUUUUCAACAUUAAAAAAUGUUACUCACAAGUUUGUACGAGUUUUAAGCAAAUCAGAACGAUUUGAUAAUUAUUUAUAUAAUAUGAUAACACAACAAGCUUUAAGACCAUUGAAUAAUAUUAUUCAAGGUGUACAAGAAUCUAAACCAAAAACAUUUAAUCAAUUAAUUGAAAUUAUUAUUAAUAACGUCAAUCAAGUGUCUUCGGAACAAAUUACUACAACUACAAAACGAACAACAACAAAAGCAUCUGAAAAGAAGUCAUCAACAUCAACUAUUGCAACAGUCGAUCUUAAUGAUAGUGAUGACGUGAAAUUAAUGCUCUAUCAAUGGUCAAUUGCUGUAGAUUCUAUGGGACAAACAGCUCGAAUUAUAUUAAAAUCACUUGAAAAACUGUAUUGUGCAUCUUUAUGGGAAUAA